AUGUGGUAUGAUAAUGAUGUGUCAAAAGGACUUUAUACAUAUCCAUUAAAGGCUGUUAAUGAAGUUGAUACCCAACCAUUAACCGAAACUCUAACCAACUUUAAAUGGAUUGAUAAAUCAUUUUGUGACCAUAAACCAAUUCAUAAUCAAGAGGAUAUUGAAGGCUUCCUUUUCGGCUGUGAUUGCAAAGGUGAUUGCUUUUCAAAUCGUGACACUUGUAUAUGUAUUAGAGAAAGUGGUAUUACCUAUGACUCAAAUGGCGGCAUUGAUACUGUUUCAGAUUCAAUUUUAGAGUGUAACAAUUUAUGCAAAUGCUCUCACGAAAAAUGCAAGAAUAGAAUCAUUCAACGUUCCCAAAAUAAUUAUUCCUAUCCAUUAGAGUUAUUUAAAACACCAAACAAGGGGUGGAGUGUCAGAGCGGUAAUAGAAAUUCCAAAAAAUAGUUUUGUUUGUGAAUAUGUAGGUGAAAUUAUUACACAUAAAGAAGCAGAUCGUCGUGGUUCAAAAUAUGAUAGUAACGGCUUAAGUUAUUUGUAUGAUUUGGACUACAAAGGAAAGGAGGAUUGUGAAGUAAUUGAUGCAACUUUUUAUGGUAAUGUAGCAAGAUUUAUAAAUCACUCGUGUGAUCCAAAUUUAAAGAAAUUUUUCUUCUUUUUUGAUCAAAGAAUAGAAGGUUCAAGAGCAAGAAUUUCAUUUUUUAGCUCCAAAGUUAUCAGAGAGGGCGAAGAACUUACCUUUGACUAUUGUUAUGAAUUACCCAUUGGUAUUGAACAUCUUAAUGAAAUCGAGGGUGCUAUACCAUGUCAUUGUGGAUCGAAAAAGUGCAGGAAAUGGCUUUGGGUUCCAAAUAUUUCUUAAUUACUCCUAAUACAGAAAAACAUAUGACUUUAAAUAAUAACAACAUAUUAAACCAAUUUAUAGUUAAAAUAUAAUUACGAAAACUCUUUAAAUAAUAAUUUAUUAAUUUAAAUUAUUUAAAGCCUUACUAAUAAGAACAAAUAAAAACUUUUUAUUGUAUAUAAAU